CAUGAAACUGCUGCUUACAUUAAAAAUAUUCCAUAUAAUUUUCAACUGGUAUAUCGAACAUGUAGUCCUGCAAACCUGGAUUUGUCCUUUGUGCGGGAUAUAACGGUUCAUACUGCCUCGAAAUGUUACGGUCAACGCCUAAAACAAAACUCAAAUCCAGUUAUUGGGUUUGUCCUUUGUGUGAGUAUGUGCCUUUAUAUUGUCUCGCCUAAUGUAAAACUCAAAUCCGGUGCGCUUUUAGAAUAUGAUUCGGAUUCGUCACGAUCUUUGCUAACAUUUCUUUAG